AUGGACCAUCAACCAUCUCCUCCAACUACUAUUAAUUCAAAGAAUGAAUUAACUGGUAAUGAAGAUUUUCCUGAUGUUAAUGAUCCAAUUUUUAAAGAUGAUGAUACAUUAUCAUCAAAUGCUGCAAAUAAAAGUGAUUUAAAUAAUAAUGUUGCAAUUCAAUUUAAAAAUGAUGAAGAAAAUAACAACACAACAAUUUUAGAAGAUUUUAAAGAUGAUAAUAAUAAUGAUCAAGGUUUAACUUUGGAAAAUAUAACUACUUUAUCAGAAUCAGAUAUUAAAAACAAUGAUUUCAAUUAUUCAGAUACACGGAAUAAGUCAAAAUCAAUAGAGCAAGAUCAUCUGAUGGAGUCGCUUAAUAAUACAGAUAGGAACCUACCAGAAAUGCAACUGUUUCAAGUGUCAAAAUCAGAAGAAAAUUAUUCACCUUAUCAUCAAGAAACACCAAAUAAUGAAUUUGCAACACCACCACCAUCAAACAAUCUGCCGGUAUUAUCACCAAUUGAACAAAAAAUAAACAUACUUAUAAACUCAAAUCCAUUAAAUAUUGAAGAAUAUGCAAACCAUUUAAAUAAAUUGGGGGAAUUAUUAUAUGACGGUGAUUUUGAUUCAAUACAUCUUAACAAUUUACAUAAUAAACUUACCAGUUUAAUGAAUAGUUUAAACAAUUAUCUUGAUCCUCAAAGUCCAUUAAAUAACAGAUUAUAUUUAAUAAUUGAAAAAAAUUUCGACAUACUUAUAAAAUUAUCAACCAAUUAUAAAUUUGUUGAAAUUUCAACAUUAUCAAUAAGAUACCUAACUACAGUUUUCAUGAAUUUAAAUUAUUGGGAAAUUUAUAAUUUGUUAACUUGGAAACCAUCAAUUUAUCAUUUUUUAAAAUUGAUUCAUUUUGAUUUAGAUGAAUGUUAUCAAAAAUUUCUUAAAGAUUAUUCAAAUUAUUCAUAUGAUAAAGUGGCACAACCAAUAAUUAAAAAGAGAAUAAGAUUAACUAAAAGAAGAAGACUUGAUAGAUUAACUGAUGAAGAAUAUUUUAUGCAUUUAACACCAGAAGAAAGAGAAGCAAGAAGCUCACAAUUCUUUUCAUUAAAUCCAGAUACCACAGAUCAUGAUAGAUAUAUCGCAGAUAUAGUAUCCGGAGCAAGUAAAGAAAAGAGAAGAUUUAGACCAGAUGUUAAAUUAGAACACCACAAGAUUAUUAAAAAACCAAUACCAAUAAUAGAUAAAGGAUCUACAAAAUCAUCAAAUUAUGAUCCCGAUGUUGUUCAUGAAUGUCAAUUACCAUCAGCUGAAGAGCCUCAUAAGUUAUGUUUACGUCGAUUUUCUCGUAAAUAUGAAUUAAUAAGGCAUCAAGAAACUGUACAUUCAAAAAAGAAGAAAUUAUUUAAAUGUUAUGUUUGUGUUAAACAAAAUCCUGGAAUUGGACCAAGAAUCUUUACAAGACAUGAUACUUUAGCAAAACAUAUUAGGGUAAAUCAUAAAAUUGGAGGCAAAGAAGCAAAAGCAGAAGUUGCAUAUUCAAAAAAACAUGCAGAAAUAGUUGAAGAAGGUGAUAUUACUGUUCAUGUAGGUAGAAGAAAGACAAAAGUUGAUUUUGAAUUAAGAGCUCAUAUGGAAAAGAGAAAAUUAUCAGGAGAUGAAAGAUAUGUAGAAACUAGUGAUUUAGAUUCUGGUGAAGAAGAAUUUACAUAUAAUAAUACCCAAUUGGAUCAAAUAUAG